AUGAAAAAAUUUGUUUUUUUUUUUUGGAGUUAUAAUUUUAAUCGGCAUUUGCAGAAUUACAUUUAUUCACUUGUGUAUCCAUUACGGCCGAUGCACCUCACGUCACUUUUACUGAUCGUAACUGCAGUUUAUUACAAAUGUUUCCUUCGCGCUUUGUUACCAAUCUCCUCCAGUUCAGUCGCUUAUUCAGUGAUCUUCACAAUAUGCUACCUACCGCUCUGGUUGUUUCGCUGUUUCUUGAAAUAUUUCUUUUUUAGCUACAAGGGAUUUCUGUUCGAAAAACCUACAGAUCUUUCAUUUACAACCAAACUUUGGGGCGUAACGAUUUUUCCACCACCUAAGCUGUGCUCCUGUGAACCACUGCUACCGCAUCUUCCAGUUCCUCAACUUCGAGAUACUGUUCAGAAAUAUUUAGACAGCAUUCAGCCGAUUAUAGAUAAGACAUCGAAAUUGGCUGAACAGUUCUUGGCAAGAGAGGGUAAAUGGUUACAAUGGAUUACAAAAAUUUAUUCGUUGUUUGUUAGCAACUACGUUACAAACUUUUGGGAGAAGUAUGCUUAUUUAUAUUCAAGAAAUGGUCUCUUAAUAAACAGCAGUGUAGCACACUGUGUAAGUUUCGAUGACACUCUUCUAGCUGUACGAGCUGCUCAUAUAACGUAUAUAGAAACCCUUAGCAUGUUAGCUAUUGAUCAAGAAGAAAUAACUCCCAUAGGUGGCGGAAUGCUCUGUUCUCCACAUUAUCGAAAGUGUUAUGCUACUUGCCGAGUGCCGGGUGAAACAAUUGAUUACUGGAAGAUUUAUGGAUUAUCACGUCAUAUAAUUGCAUUACACAAAGGAAGAAUUUUUAAAAUUACCGUGUUUGACGAAAAUGACCAAAUAUGCUCUAUAGAACGUCUUAGCGAGGUAUAUGAAGAAAUUCUGAACGACAACGUUGAAACAGAUGUUGCAGAAAGAUAUAUCCCAGCACUGACAACAGAUAAACGAGAUAGAUGGUGUAAAAAUCGCGAAAGAUUUUUUCUUCAGAACUCUGUUAACCAAGAAGCCUUGAGCGUGAUUGAAUCAGCAAUAUUUGUGAUAGAUCACCCAGAAGCCUUAGAUGCCUUUAUGAAAAGUAUGUUAACUGGCAAUGGUGCUAAUCGGUGGGCAGAUAAAACUCUUAACUAUACUAUUGGUACAAAUAUCACUCAUUCAAUUAUAAAUUCUUGGUUAUCAAAACGAUGCUACGACAAAUAUCAGGAGCAAAAAGACGAUGUAGAUUGCAAGUGUUUAAUAUUUAGAGAGUUUGGUAAGGGGCGAAUCAAAAAAGGCAAUGUUUCACCAGACGCUUUUAUGCAAAUGGCCAUUCAGCUUGCAUAUUAUAAGGACCAAGGCAAAUUUGCACUCACAUAUGAGUCAGCUUCAACCAGAUUUUAUGCGAAUGCUAGAACAGAAACGUUACGGUCUGUAACCAAAGAAUCAUGUGCUUUUGUGAGAGCAAUGAUGGAUCGGCAGUGUUCAGAUGAGGAAAGGCUACAGCUGUUAUUAAAAGCCUCAGUGGUUCACACGGAAAACAAUCGACUGUGUAUGAUUGGGAAAGGAAUUGACCGUCAUUUGUUUGUACUGUUUGUAUUUAGCAAAAUAUUCGGUUUUAAAAGUCUCUUCCUGGACUACUACAUAGGUCAACCGUGGACAUUAAGCACGAGUCAAGCUCCAAAAAUGACAACUCAUUUGGAUGAAGAUGCCGAUGCUGAAAGUUCAUGGUUAGGCGCUGCAUUUGGAGCAGUGGCUCACGAUGGUUAUGGUGUUUGCUAUCGUUUUGCAGGAAAUCAUUCAAUAUGCAUACAUACCACUUCAUAUCACUCAGCUCUAAAAACGGAUUCAAAACGUUUUAAAGAGCGUCUAGUCGAAACUCUUAAUGAAAUGAUUUUAUUGGUAGAAAAAAACUGA